AUGGCCAGCUUCCACGAAAAGUCUUCGAGUAAUAACUCGAACGAGAAGGUUGCGACCACAGCUGGCGGCGCAGUUCAUGUUCUAGAUGAGCGCCGUCGUGUCGCCCUGGCCGAGAUCGACAAUGCCAAAUUUUCGUGGUUCCACGCCAAAGUUUGCAUUGUCGCUGGCGUUGGUUUCUUCACUGAUGCCUAUGACAUCUUUGCGAUUAACAUCGCGUCAACGAUGUUAGGUUAUGUCUACGGUCAAGGUCAAAGACUCAAUAAGUCCCAGGACCUCGGUGUGAAGGUCGCUACCCCAGUCGGUACGCUUGUCGGCCAACUUCUUUUCGGAUGGUUGGCAGAUGUUGUUGGUCGUAAGAGGAUGUAUGGUGUUGAAUUGAUGAUCAUCAUCGUGUCGACAUUCGCUCAAGCUCUAUCUGGUGAAGCCCAUGCUGUCAAGAUUAUUGGUGUUUUGAUUGUUUGGCGUUUUAUUAUGGGUGUCGGAAUUGGUGGAGAUUAUCCUUUGAGUGCUGUGAUCUCUUCAGAGUUUGCAUCUACCAAGAUAAGAGGGCGCAUGAUGACCGCUGUCUUUGCCUCGCAAGGCUGGGGAAACUUCACCGCUGCUCUCGUUGCAUUUAUCAUCACUGUCGCGUACAAAAAUGCUAUCCUUGCUGAAGCAUCAAUAACUUCAUUGGGGUCCGUCGACCAGAUGUGGCGCCUCCUUAUUGGUCUCGGCGUCGUUCCUGGUGUUGUUGCCCUCUACUUCCGUCUCACCAUCCCUGAGACACCCCGUUUCACCAUGGAUAUCGAACGCAACAUUGACCAGGCUACCCAAGACAUUAAGACAGUCCUUACGAACCACAAGGACAAUGUCGACAAAGAUCUCUUGGUCCAGCGCAUCGAAGCACCCAAAGCCAGCUGGGCCGACUUCCGCGAGCACUUUGGACAGCUUAAGAACUUCAAAAUCAUCUUCGGUACUGCUUACUCAUGGUUUGCCUUGGAUAUUGCAUUCUACGGCUUGGGACUCAAUUCCGGUAUCAUUUUGCAAGCCAUUGGAUUCGGUACACCAGUUACUACCGGCGUUCGUGGAGUAUACGAUAACUUGUCCAAUAUUUGCAUUGGAAACUUGAUUCUUUCCGCCGCUGGACUUAUUCCUGGAUACUGGGUCUCCUUCCUCUUCAUUGACUCCUGGGGCCGCAAACCCAUCCAACUCAUGGGCUUUAUUCUCCUCACCAUCUUAUUCGUCAUCAUGGGAUUCGGAUACGACAAACUUACGGAGACGGAGUCUACAAGGAAAGCCUUCGUCUUCCUCUACUGCCUUGCCAAUUUCUUCCAGAAUUUCGGGCCCAACACUACAACCUUCGUCAUUCCAGGAGAAAUUUUCCCUACACGUUACCGCUCAACUGCCCACGGUAUUUCUGCAGCCAGCGGCAAGCUUGGCGCCAUCGUCGCCCAAGUCGGCUUCAGUCAACUUAAAGAUAUCGGCGGACCUAACCAAUUCGUCCAGCACAUUUUGGAGAUAUUUGCGUUCUUCAUGUUGACGGGUAUUUUCUCUACGCUCCUCCUUCCCGAAACCAUGGGACGCUCGUUAGAAGAUCUUUCAAACGAAGAUCAGGAUGGCUUCGUAAAAGGCACAAAAGGACCCGCAAACUAUACUGCGGGACCCUCAACUGCUUAA